GGAAGAAAUUACAAUCAAGAAACACAAAGGUUCCAUCAUUUUAUUUUGAUCUCACGAUGAUCGCAAACUAUUGGGGAUGUGACGAUGGACCACGCAGGUAAAAAUGAUCACAGAGUGUGGUUAGAUCACUACCCCAAUACCUGUAACUCUUGAGUAGAGGAUUUACCUACAGCAUGUUAGGAUAUAGGAUGACUUCACUGCACAGAUUUUAUUUGCUUCAAAUUUCAUAUUUGUGGAGUGUGGUUGGUCAGUUCAAGGGAGUAUACAAGCCUUCUGUCUUUCUAAUAUGCAAUGUUCAUCACAGCAUUUAGUUUUUAUUCCUGUUUUCUUAUAGAUAUCAUCACACUGCACCAAUUAACUCUGUUUAUGCUUUGCGAGAGGCUCUUUCAUUGGUCGUUGAAGAGGUUGGUUUGGGGAGAUAUGAUAUAAACAGUGUCGUGUCUUGCUCAGUUUGUAAGUAUAAUCGGACAUUUUCAUCGGAUUUUAGGGUCUUGAAAAUUUCAUUGCAAGACAUCAGAAAAAUGCUGAACUUUUGCAAGAUGGCUUUGAGAAAAUGGGACUCACAUUUUUCGUUCAGGAUAAGGUAAUGCCAAAGAAAUAUUGGUUAAGCCCCCCUUAGAACCUCUCUAAUCCCUCUUAUAAAGUGUUCAACCUCAUCAAAAUUUCGCUUCAACCCUCCUAUUUUGUAUGAAAGUCUUUAACCCUAAUGCCUUAGCCUAACCCCUGUAAAAAGCUCGCUCAGUGCUUAAUUGCACCCACUAGACAUUUUCCCACCCCUUUUUUAAAAAAAUGAAAAUCCGCCGUUGGAUACAAAUGCUUUAAAACGUUUUUUAGCGUCAUCGUUUGCCCACCAUCACUGGUGUGGUCAUUCCACAAGGUGUUGACCAGAAAAAUGUUCCAGCAUUCAUUGGCGAAAAGUAUGUAAACUACUGUAACCUUAUUUAUACUGGGAUCACUCUAUCAGUUCCAAACUGUUCUUCUUAGAGUUCCAGUAAGGAUCAUCUCUUAUUAAUCCAGUGUUACUACAGGAGGAAACCUAAACUAAACUAAACUAACUUUAUUUAUACUGGAUAGCUCUAUCAGUUCCAAACUGUUCUUCUUAGAGUUCCAGUAAGGAUCAUCUCUUAUUGAUCCAGUGUUACUACAGGAGGAAACCUAAGCUAAACUAACUUUAUUUAUACUGGAUAGCUCUAUCAGUUCCAAACUGUUCUUCUUAGAGUUCCAGUAAGGAUCAUCUCUUAUUGAUUCAGUGUUACUACAGGAGGAAACCUAAACUAAACUAACUUUAUUUAUACUGGAUAGCUCUAUCAGUUCUAAACUGUUCUCCCUAGAUAUGCAAUUGUUAAUCAUGCAUUGAAAUUAAUGUCUGAUCUUUCUUCAGGUAUAACAUGGAUAUUGCAGGCGGUCUAGGAAAGUCUGCAGGCAAGGUAAAUAUCGUCUAACAUCAUGAUCCAGUGAUCCGAAUGUUCCAUUGUCUUUUCAUUGUUUUGAUUCUAUGUCCAGCGGGGCCUAUCGGUCUGUUUGUUCGCCUGUCUAUUUGUCAGAUCUCCGUUUUCAAAUGCCAAAAAUUCGUUUUCAAAAGCCAGAACUCCGUUUUUAAAUGCCAUAACUCCGUUUUCAAAUGCCAAAACUCCGUUUUCAAAAGCCAGAACUCCGUUUUCAAAUGCCAAAACUCCGUUUUCAAAAGCCAGAACUCCGUUUUCUCAAAUGCCAGAACUCCGGUUUCAAAUGCCAAAACUCCGUUUUAAAAUGCCAGAACUGCGUUUUCAAAAGCCAAAACUCCGUUUUCAAAUGUCUGAACUCCGUUUUCAAAUGCCAGAACUCCGUUUUCAAAUGCCAGAACUGCAUUGGGUUAGAACAGAUUUGGGUUUGAGCAAAUUAGCGGACACUCAAUUUUGACAAUAUGAAACAUCGCAAUUUGCAAGCUUCAAGCGAAGCGAGCAAGUUUGGACCACGCAGGGCUAACUGAAAAUUUUUUUGGCUACCUGCAAAAAACUAAAUACACAGGCAUGGUUUUGAAAAUCCCACUGUUCUGUCAUGCUCCAGUCAUCAGAAUGUUCCCUCUUUUCAUUGUUUAAAAAUCCCACUAUUCUCCAUGUCAUCUAGUCAUGUUCCAGUGAUCAGAAUGUUCCAUUGUCUUUUCAUUGUUUUGAAAAUCUCACUGUUCUCCAUGCCAUCCAGUCAUGAUCCAGUGAUCAGAAUGUUCCAUUGUCUUUUCAUUGUUUUGAAAAUCUCACUGUCCUCCAUGCCAUCCAGUCAUGAUCCAGUGAUCAAAAUGUUCCAUUGUCUUUUCAUUGUUUUGAAAAUCUCACUGUCCUUCAUGCCAUCCAGUCAUGAUCCAGUGAUCAGAAUGUUCCAUUGUCUUUUCAUUGUUUUGAAAAUUCCACUGUUCUCCAUGCCAUCCAGUCAUGAUCCAGUGAUCAAAAUGUUCCAUUGUCUUUUCAUUGUUUUGAAAAUCUCACUGUUCUCCAUGUCAUCCAGUCAUGAUCCAGUGAUCAGAAUGUUCCAAUGUCUUUUCAUUGUUUUGAAAAUCCCACUGUUCUCCAUGCCAUCCAGUCAUGAUCCAGUGAUCAGAAUGUUCCAUUGUCUUUUCAUUGUUUUGAAAAUCUCACUGUUCUCCAUGUCAUCCAGUCAUGUUCCAGUGAUCAGAAUGUUCCAUUGUCUUUUCAUUGUUUUGAAAAUCUCACUGUUCUCCAUGCCAUCCAGUCAUGAUCCAGUGAUCAGAAUGCUCCAUUGUCUUUUCAUUGUUUUGAAAAUCUCACUGUUCUCCAUGUCAUCCAGUCAUGAUCCAGUGAUCAGAAUGCUCCAUUGUCUUUUCAUUGUUUUGAAAAUCUCACUGUUCUUCAUAUCAUCCAGUCAUGAUUCAUGAUCAGUGAGCAGAAUGCUCCAUUGCCUUUUCAUUGUUUUGAAAAUCUCACUGUUCUUCAUAUCAUCCAGUCAUGAUUCAUGAUCAGUGAGCAGAAUGCUCCAUUGCCUUUUCAUUGUUUUGAAAAUCUCACUGUUCUCCAUGCCAUCCAGUCAUGAUCCAGUGAUCAGAAUGUUCCAUUGUCUUUUCAUUGUUUUGAAAAUCUCGCUGUUCUCCAUGCCAUCCAGUCAUGAUCCAGUGAUCAGAAUGUUCCAUUGUCUUUUCAUAGUUUUGAAAAUCUCACUGUUCUCUAUGCUAUCCAGUCAUGAUCCAGUGAUCAGAAUGUUCCAUUGUCUUUUCAUUGUUUUGAAAAUCUCGCUGUUCUCCAUGCCAUCCAGUCAUGAUCCAGUGAUCAGAAUGUUCCAUUGUCUUUUCAUUGUUUUGAAAAUCUCACUGUUCUCUAUGCUAUCCAGAUAUUAAUCAGACUGCUCGAAAUUCUACUGCUAUAUUGUAGAUCUGGCGUGUUGGUUUGAUGGGUGUGAACAGUACGAAAGAUAAUGUCAAUCUUGUCCUAAAAGCAUUCCAGGACGCCAUGGAUAAUAUCAAAUUACAAAAUAAUUUGUAGAGUUAUUGGGUCUUGGGAAUUAUUUUAAUUUAGUAGUUUUUCAAUUAAAGC